UGUCAAACAAUAAGAAACUUUCUAACUGAAACGCAGUUGACAUCGUAACGAAACAUUACUCAAGCAUAACGCAUUACUCUCAUAAUCGAAUUUAAAAAUAAAAGUAAAAAUGGAUGUUGAAUUUGCGCCACAGUGUAUAUAUAUCGGUUCCGAUAAAGUCAAACCAAAAGGAAAUGUUCAAUUCACAACAAAUGAAAUCCGAAUGGUUCUACAAGAUUCGACCACGAAAUCGAUCGAAAACAUUCAAAUACCUAUUAAAGUCGUCGUCAAAUGCGUCUGUCACAUGGGAAUGAAAAUAAUAAUUAUGCUUUACGUUCUUCCAUCGGUUGGCCAAAAGGUUUACGAACAAAUGCACAUCAAACCAGCUCCAAAUCGGUAUGACUAUGUGCUUAUUAUGGAAACUGAAUCAUCUAAUGCUGUUUGCGAAGCAAUCAAAGAACUAUUUUGUUUUUGUGAUGAGAUUUCACAUGAAGAUAUUGAACAGAUUUGUCAUAAGAUAAAAUCGCGCAAAUGUGACCCAGACAUUUGUCUUCAAUAUCCACCAACUGGUACAGGACGACUUUCGAUAUAUGUCAAAGACUAUGCAUCUUUGGCAUGCGAUGAAUAUUUGAAUGACAAUAUUGUCAACUAUUACAUUCGAUAUUUAACAUGUGAAGUUUUGACCGAUGAACAGAAAAAUGUCACACACAUUUUUGAUUCAUUUUUUUAUCAAGUGCUAACGGACAGUGUGUCCAGCGAUCGGAAGAAUUCGAACCAAGAAAAACUUGCACGCCUUGACAGAUGGACCAAAAAUAUAAACAUCUUUGAUAUGGAUUUUAUCGUCGUGCCAAUUAAUCAGAGAGAACAUUGGUAUUUGGCAAUUAUAUGCUUUGCCGGACUCGUUGAAGUAAAAUCGACAGUCAAACAGGGUAAACGUCGAAUUGAAAGCGAUACGGAUGAAUCAUCAAUAAAAAUCGUCAAAAAGCCAUGCAUUUUGAUAUUUGACUCAUUAUCGGGUGGACGAUACAAAGAGCCCACAGUACUUCGCGAGUUCCUGAAUUUAGAAUAUAAGAAGAAGUUCAAUGGUGAUGGCAAAUUUAAAUUUGAUUCCUUCAAUAUGCCUGGUUAUCUCGUUAAAGUUCCACAUCAAGAAAAUACAUCGGAUUGUGGACUUUUCAUGUUACAUUACAUUGAGCAAUUUUUCACGACUUCUGCAAUCAAGAACUUCAACUUUCCAAUAAAAAAUUUGGCAAAUUGGUUUGAACCUUCAGCGGCAGCACGAAAGCGUCGCGAUAUUGCUGAACUCAUUAAACACCAUAUGAGCGAUGAUAUUGAAAACGGUUUUUCGAUGAUUAACUUACCAGACAUUCGAUUGCCCCCAUAAGAUGAUAAGGUUUUCUGCUUCCGAUAUUCAUCACAUACACAUUCACAUUGAUCAUCGAUUCAUUUUUUAUUAGUUAUAUAUUACUUGUAUAUUGGCUAUUAUUAAGUGUUUUUUUUUCUUCAAAAUUUACUUUGAUUGAAGCGGUGUAAAAGAACGCAAUAAAAUUGAACAGAUUGUUUUUUUUCAUAAAUUA